GGAAUGUCAUGUGAAAGGCUGGAACAGUUCGACCAGGAAAUCUCAGCUUGUUGAUAGAACUACAGUUUAGCUGCCCACGGCCUGGAAGCACAUACAUUGUAAUUAGGCCUAGUAUUUGGUUUUAGUUUUAAUUUGUGCGCCAUGGCUUCUCUAUUCAAGAAGAAGACAGUCGACGACAUUAUAAAAGAACAGACUAAGGAGCUUCGUGGUACUCAGAGACAGAUCACUAGAGACAGAGCUGCUCUGGAGAAACAAGAGAAACAAAUGGAGAUGGAGAUAAAGAAGAUGGCUAAGUCUGGGAACCGCGAGGCGUGUAAGAUCUUGGCCAAGCAGCUGGUCCAGCUGAGGAAGCAGAAGAACAGGACCUACGCCGUCAGUUCAAAGGUCACCUCCAUGUCCACACAGACCAAGGUCAUGAAUUCUCAGAUGAAGAUGGCUGGAGCCAUGUCCACUACGGCUAAGACGAUGCAGGUGGUGAACAAGAAGAUGGAUCCUCAGAAGACCCUCCAGACCAUGCAGGACUUCCAGAAGGAGAACAUGAAGAUGGGCAUGACCGAGGACAUGAUCAACGAUACGUUAGAUGAGAUAUUUGUGGAAUCAGGAGACGAGGAAGAAUCUCAGGACAUUGUGAACCAGGUUCUGGAUGAGAUCGGCAUCGAGAUCUCUGGAAAGAUGGUGAGAGCCCCAGCAGCAGGGAAGAGUCUCCCUACUGCUUCUCCUAAACGGAAAACGCAGAUCUCUGACGACGAGAUAGAGCGACAACUUCGAGCCCUGGGAGUGGACUAACACACACACACCAUGGUCUAGGCCUGUGUACUAGCAGGCUGGUGGUCCAUGUGUCUGACACUGGGAGAUUGUGGGUGGUUAUGAAUAUUUAAUGA